AUUGGCUUCUCCUUUCCGGGCCGGCAGCUGUCCGGGCUUAUUGGUCACUGCUUCUACCCGGCAAGGCUCACCAGCCUUGGGCUGCAGCACGGCUGCCGCGACCACUGAGCACCUGUGGCAGCGCAGGGCAGGGCCAGGGAGCCGUAGUCCUUGACCCACUGGGGGUUCCCUUGCAAGCCACUCUGCACUUCUGCUCAGCUCCUGUCCUGUCCCACUGUCCCACAAAAGCCGCAGCUCAUCUUGCCAAGAUGUCCAAGGUAGCCAAGUACCGCCGGCAGGUGAGUGAGGACCCUGACAUUGACAGUCUGCUGUCCACCCUGUCUCCUGAGGAGAUGGAAGAGCUGGAGAAGGAGCUGGAUGUGGUGGACCCAGACGGGAGCAUCCCUGUGGGACUGCGCCAGAGGAACCAGACGGACAAACAGUCCACGGGCCUGUACAACCGGGAAGCCAUGCUCAACUUCUGCGAAAAGGAGACCAAGAAGCUGAUCCAGAGGGAGAUGUCCAUGGAUGAAAGCAAGCAAGUGGAGACCCAGGCAGAUGCCAAAAACGGAGAGGAAAGGGGCAGAGAUGCCAGCAAAAAAGCGCUGAGCCCCAGACAGGAUUCAGACCCGGCCAAGGAGCCCAAGAGGGGAAAUUUAAAGAAAAGCUUCUCCAAAGACAGAGAGGAAGCCGAUGGCAGACGCGGGGAGAAGCCCAGGGAAGAGAAGGUCAUCAGGGGCAUCGACAAGGGCAGGGUCAGGGCCGCAGUGGACAAGAAGGAGGCAGGGAAGGAUGGGAGAGGAGAGGAGAAGACAGCAGCCACCAGGAAGGAAGAGGAGAAGAAAGGGAGUGACAGGAACGCAAGCGGGAGUAGGGACAAGGAUAAGAGCAGAGAGGAAGUGGUCAAGAAGGAGGACGCAGAGGUGAGAAGGGACAGCAGGAGCACAGCCACCACCAGGAGAGAGGAGGAGCGCAUGAAAAGGGCGGGUGGAGACACCGACAGGAAAAAGGAGGCUGAGGGGACAAAAAGAGGAACUGGGGACAGAGACACAAAAAAGCAGGAGGAAAAAGUCAAGAAGGAGGAGUCCCGGAGUGAAAAGGAAGCCAAGGAAGAGAGUAAGACCAAGACAGUAGAAAAGCAAGCACCCGGGGCCGCCGGCCAGGCCACAGAGGCGCAGGCCAAGGCGGAGGAGGAGGCGGCUCCCAGCAUUUUUGACGAACCUCUGGAGAGGGUGAAGAACAAUGACCCGGAGAUGACCGAGGUGAACGUCAACAACUCAGACUGUAUCACUAAUGAGAUCCUGGUCCGGUUCACUGAGGCUCUGGAGUUCAACACGGUGGUCAAGGUGUUCGCCUUGGCCAACACCCGAGCUGAUGAUCACGUGGCCUUCGCUAUUGCCAUCAUGCUCAAGGCCAACAAGACCAUCACCAGCCUCAACCUGGACUCCAACCACAUCACGGGCAAGGGCAUCCUGGCCAUCUUCCGGGCCCUCCUCCAGAACAACACGCUGACUGAGCUGCGCUUCCACAACCAGCGGCACAUCUGUGGGGGCAAGACUGAGAUGGAGAUCGCCAAGCUGCUCAAAGAGAAUACCACGCUGCUCAAGCUGGGCUACCAUUUUGAGCUGGCUGGGCCCCGGAUGACGGUCACCAACUUGCUCAGCCGCAACAUGGACAAGCAGCGACAGAAGCGGCUGCAGGAGCAAAGGCAGGCCCAGGAAGCCAGCGGAGAGAAGAAGAAGGAGCUGCUGGAGGUGCCCAAGGUCGGAGCUCUGGCCAAGGGCUCCUCCAAACCUUCACCCCAGCCAUCUCCAAAGCCUGCUCCAAAGAACUCGCCCAAGAAAGGGGGUGCUCCUGCUGCCCCACCCCCUCCUCCCCCUCCACUGGCUCCUCCCCUUAUCAUGGAGAACCUGAAGAAUUCACUCUCCCCCGCCACCCAGAGGAAGAUGGGGGACAAAGUCCUCCCUGCCCAGGAGAAGAACUCACGUGACCAGCUUCUGGCAGCCAUCCGCUCCAGCAACCUCAAGCAGCUGAAGAAGGUGGAGGUGCCCAAGCUGCUUCAGUAGGACCAGGCUGCCAGGCUCUGGUACCAAGGCCGUGACUGCCCAGACUCGCACCCCAGGGCUGCACUGACCCCGCCCACCCGGCCCUGGCUGACCCCCCAUGGCCGCGCUAUUCAGCUGUGGGAGCGCGCGAGGCCUGGGGCACGCUCGAGGCAGGACGCCUCACCUCUUCUCGCUUCCCUUUUCUUGUCUCUGAGGCUCUCUAAGCAUUGCUUUGACGCCUGGAGCUGAGGUUUCUGGACAAGAAGAGUCCUCCUAGCACAUCACAGAGAAGAUGGCACUGCAUGCAGCCCAUGGGGCUGGCACACUGCAAAAGGCCUGCGAUCCAGGAAAGAUGUCUUCCAGGGACCAUGUAUCCAACCCAGCCCCACUGCCCUCUGGGGCCAGGAUCCAGGUCUCUGAGGAGCCCUUGGGGCAGAGCUGCUGGGCUGGUGGCACUCUGUGGGCAAUGGCAGAGGGAACGAGGGCAUGGGGGCCCACCAGAGGCAGAUGGCCUGGACAGACAGCGCAUGCUGGGGAGUGGGCUCCAGACAGGAGGAGAUGGACAGACAGCAGCUGGACCUGAAGGUUUGAUGCCAAAGCAGACAUUUUCCUCACACCCACCUGCGGUUGUAUAAAUAGCUGUGUAUCUGUUUUUCCAUAAGAUUUUGAUAAUAUAUACAACCUUUAGCCGCAA